AUGCUACACUUCGGCGCUACACCUCAAUUAGCACAAAAAUUAAUUGAUAUAGGAUAUUUACAUUAUUCAAAAUUUGGAAAAUUUUGUCCUGUAUCAUUACAUAAUGGUGAUUGUUUUCCACCACCAUUUGGACUUGAUAAAUCUCCUUGUACAGUUGUCUAUCGAAAAUAUGUUUAUUUUUUAACUGAUGAUGAAGCACGAAAUGAAUUUAUUAAAAAUCCAAUGUUUUAUAUACGUCAACCACCACCAAAAUCACUCAUUCCAGCUAAAAUUGCUAUAAUUGGUCCACCAAAAUCUGGCAAAACAACCGUUGCCAAGCGUAUCGUUCAAGAAAUGGGAUGUGUUCGUAUAUCAUUGGGUGAUGCUAUUCGAUAUAUAUUAGAAAAACAACGUCAUACAAUUCUUGGUAAAGAAAUGCAAGAAAUACUUGUUAAAGGUAAUGAUAUAAUACCUGAAACAGCAAUUCGUUGUUUGGAAGUUGCACUUAUGAAUGCAAAAUGUCAAACACGAGGUUUUAUUCUUGAUGGAUUUCCUUUAACAAAAAAACAUGUUGAAUUACUUGUUGAAAAAGGUAUUAUUCCAUUUAAAUUAUUCGAAUUAGAAUGUGAUUUAACUGAAUGUACAAUACGAGCUAUGAAAGAUCGUAAUGAUCCAAAUCGACAAUUUCCAUUACCUGAUAGUCCAGAAGCUAUAUCAUAUAAAAAUGCUAUAUAUCAACAUGAAAUAAUAC